UUUACCAAUAUGAAUGUUGGCAAUUUACACCUUGUAACGCUCGUGGUCCUACUAUACUCAGCGGUUCCAUUAAUCAAGGCACUCACUACCAUUUGUGCGGAUAUAUUUAAUGAUCUUUCGUUUGCUGAUCCAGCAAGUUGCUCCAGUUUCUAUGUCUGCCAGCGUGGUAAGGCCAUCAGGCGGGAGUGUUCUAAUGGUCUUUACUUCGAUCCCAAAAUACAAAGUUGCAAUCUGCCCGGACUCAUAAAAUGUUUCAACGGGGAUCGAGGUGUUACCCUACUUGGGCCAACUCAAGUCAAUCAGACAUCGGUGCUGCCGGAUGGAAAAGCGAAGGAUGAGGUACCGGUAACCACAUACUGCCCACCGACCACAGCGAGUCCACCAAAAAAAAUACAAAAAGUUCACAAAGAAAAAGCUAUAAUUCCAACGACACCUAAAUCCAUAAAUAUAAAGAAAUCAAAAGUACCCAUAAGACAUAACAUGGAUAACGAGGAUGAUGAUAAUGACAAUCAUGAAAUUAUUGAGGUUGCUCAGCCGCCAGUUGAAAGAAUCGAUGUAUUGAGAUCCUCUCGUGACUGCCGUGGUAUCGAAGAUGGAGUCUACCUCACCGAUCCCAGGCAUUGCCGUCGCUUCUAUAUGUGCCGUAAGAAUCGGGCUAGGCGCCACAAUUGCCCAGCGAAUCAGUGGUUUGAUCGAGAAACUAAAGCCUGUGCAAAUCGAACUGAGGUCUCCAAUUGCCCAGCGAACCGGAAUUAGAUAAAUUUCCAUGACAUACAGUUUUGUUUUUUUUUUUUUUGGUUUAAAUAUAAUAAAACAUCAAAA